GAUAGGUUUGCUCGAACGUUUGUAUCUUCUGUGGGCCGAGAUGCACUGGAUCCAAAAUUUCAAGCCUUUAUAAUUCCCCGGCUUCCAUUCAACUCUCAAUCUGAAGAGCACAAAUCCAUUAGUCUCUUCAAGAUUCAGUGAAAUGCAGAACGAGAUUAAUUCUACAUAUGAUGAUCUCACCACCAGCUCCGCUACCUCUUCCGCCGAGAAAUCUACCAACGCCGCCUCCGGUGCAAAUAAUCCAUUCCUCUCGCCUGCAUCUUUGAACUAUCUGAACUCCAUUAAUUCUUCCUUCUACUCCACACUUUUCCCGCAAAACUACUCACCGCACUCUCCCUCCGACAGUACGUCGUUUGAUGACGGUGACUCCGUCGCCACAGAGCGGCGCCUCCGGGAUGCGAGUUGCAUUUUGGAAUACCAGCAGCUCUACAACAGCUACACCGUCUGCCUCGCCAAGCUCCAGGAGUUCAUCGAUGAAGGCGACUCUCUCCGCCGCGAGAACGACGCAAUCCGCCUCUCCAAUGCUGAGAUCGCCCAUCGCCUCAGUCUCCUAAUCUCCGAACUGAAUCCCUCCACCACUAUCGCAGCUCCUCAAUCUCACCGUCAACAAAACCGACUCGAAAGGAGGAAUACGGAACGAAUUUCACUUCCGAAGAGCAUCUCAGUGCGUUCCAGUGGUUUUCUCAAGAUGAAUAUCCCAAGUCACAACUCGACUCGCCAUGAACUCGUAGGCCAAUGCCGUCCUGCAUCGGUGCAGCAAAGGGGGCGCGUAGGAGCCGGAGAGGACGAAGGGGAAAAAGAAUCCUUGGAAUUUGAAGCGCACGAUCAGGGAAUGAUUAAAACGGAACUAUGCAGCAAAUGGCAAGAGACUGGUACGUGUUCUUACGGAGAGAACUGCCAAUUCGCGCAUGGAAUCAAUGAGCUGCGGCCGGUGAUAAGGCACCAGCGCUACAAGACUGAUGUCUGCCGCAUAGUACUCGCCGGAAAGAUUUGCCCGUACGGUCACCGGUGCCAUUUCCGCCACUCUCUUACUGAACAGGAGCUGCGACACCAGCAUGUUUGAUCCAAAAUUCUGGACUGGUUGGCCCAAUUAUUAAUUUGAAUUUGGAGAACUUUCUUGACUGUGGCACAAAAAUUGUAUCUUAUUUACCACUUGCUUGAUCAUAAGACAAUUCCACCUUUUCCCUA